CCUUAUCUUGUAAAAUAAAAAAGAGUUAAUAUAUUACUUUAGUUUGACUGUUAAUAAAUGUGCUUGGGCAGGACGCGAGGAUUGUCGAAGCGAGGAUUGUCGGCGGUCAAGACUACCAACGGAGUGCCUGCCAAGCUAGUCGCUACACACCCGGGGAAAAGAGCCACCGCUCGUCGCUACACGCCCAGGGAAAUGAACCACCGCGGAGAUGGAACAAUUAAAUCAGAUAAUGCGCAGGAGCCAGAUGGCGAGUGAUAGCGACGGCUUAGGGAAGCCUCCAUCUAGCAGUGGAUAGAUCGUGAAUGACACGUCUCCUGCCAAAGAUCUGAAGGCAACGACGCAUCGUUGCCUUCAGAUCUUCUUCUUCACUGUGGUGUAAAAUUGCAGAAUUUCGCAAAUUAUUAACGCGGGUUUCCCCGCUCACGCGUUUAUUUUGCUCACUGCGCUUUUCCGGCUGUGGUCAGACCACAGUCCCUGUGGUCCGCGCGUGUGAUUCGCACGAUAUGAUAAAUAAUGAUGAAAAUUCAAAUAAAUAAUAUGUGUUUACUAUAAGUGUUUUUUUUUAGAGAAAGAAUCGGAAAAAUAAUCGAGUCGAAGCUUUAACCACAGGAAUGAGGAAACUCACAUCCAGAUACCAGGGUUAGAGUCCAGCAGCUGUGCACUCGGGACUCCGUGUUGGCGAGACGACGCGAGCCAUGGAGAACUUCACCUGCAGCGACCCAUCCAUCGAGAAUUAUCGCUACUUUGGAGCCGCGCUCGGCGUGCUGGUCACGGUGGUGGGCACCCUGGGCAACUGCAUGACCAUACUGGCGUUCGGCAUCGAGAAGAAGCUGCAGAGCAAGCUGAACACGCUCAUCGUCAACCUAUCGCUGUCGGACCUCCUCUACUGCGCCUUCCUGCAGCCGAUCACCGUGGACUCGUACAUCCACUUGAGCUGGAGGAUGGGAGCGGACGGCUGCAGAGUGUUCGGCCUGCUCCUCUUCGUGUCCAACGCCGUGUCCAUACUCAACCUGGGCUCCAUCGCGGUCAAUCGCUACUUUCUCAUCAGGGACAAGCGCCUCUUUGAUCGGAUCUACACCAGGUACACGAUGCCCGCGUUCCUGGGCAUCCCGUGGCUGGUGGGCCUCGCUUCGUUUGCGCCUCUCUGGACGAGUUUCGACUUCCUGAAGCAGGUGUGCACGUGCAGCUUCCAUCGCGAGAGAGGACGCCCGUACACCACCAUCCUGCUCGUGUUCUACUUCGUGGCGGGCAUCGCCUCCAUCACCGUCUUCUACUGCCUCAUCCACAGGAGGGUGGCCGUGUCCUCCAAAGCGCUCCACAAGUACCGAGUGCGGAUGAGCGCGCAUGGGCCGCCGGGAGCGCACGGGAGGGAGACGGCGAUGCUGGCGGCGACGCCACGAGAAGCGAGCACCUCGUGCAGCCUGGACGCGGCGAACAGCGCCACCAACACCACCGCGGGCACGUGGACGGAGGCGCUGCGCGACGAGCCAGGCGCGAGCAGAAGUCACGACGAGGCGUCGGCGAACUCCAGCGACCUCGACACGGGUGAGAAUGUCACCAAAAAGAGGAGGAAUAAGAAGAAGAAGUCGGCGGCUUCUGCGGUGAAAAAAAAUCUGGACGGCGAAUUUAAGAAAGUCACCAAGAUGUGUUACGUGAUCUUUUUGGUCUUUGCGGUUUGCUAUUUACCGUUCUGCGUGCUCAACGUCAUCGAUCGAAAAGGAACAUAUUCACCGAUUUGGCACAUGAUGGCUGCCAACUGCACGUGGCUCAACAGCGGCAUUAACCCCAUCCUCUACGCGCUGAUGAACCGGCAGUUCAAGGACGCAUACAAGGCGAUCGUUCUCUCUCCGCUGCGUUUAAUGCGGAAAACUCGGCACUGAGACCGCGUGCCCCCCCCCCCCCCCCUGCGAGGUGUUCACAAGAAGUGUCAAGAUGUCAGAUAGCCGCGCGUGUGUGUACGGUGCUGCGAGCCAAGACUUGUAUUCACAAUUUAGAAGCAAUGUGUGGUUUAUAGAAGCAAAGUAGUGCGUGUGAAAGCUUAACCAACGUGGUUUUUUUUUUCUCUCAUUAGUUUAGAAAUGUAGUCGUGGUGAUGUCUCAACAAAGUUGCCGCCAUAACUAGAUAAAGACUACGAUGCAGGGAAUAAGUAAAGAAUAAUAAUGCCUGCGUUAUUAUAUUGUUCACGUGUGCUCUGCAUUGCUAUGCAAUCACACGUGGUAGGUAAGCUGCUCUCACGUGCACGAUGUUUUCGACAUCUCAAAUCUCACGCAUUUCAUGCGCGCGUUACGCAGCACCGAGCCAACACGCACAACAAACGAACUCAACACGUUCGUCAAUAUCAAUACAUUUGUAUAUGUACAAAAGGCAACGUUUCGGGCAAUGGCCCUUCUUCAUUAGCACAUCAAUGCAGAGUGCUAUGAAGAAGGACCAUUUGCCUUGAACGUUGCGUAUUAUAUAUAGUUUCCUAUUAAGGUCAGAGUGUUGUUGACGAAUGUUUUGAGUUAUGUUAUAAAUUGUGUUUGUUCACCACGUGUCAACAGCAGUAGCAGCACCACCACCAAAUAAUAAUUCGUUUCAUGUUGAACACAAUUAAACGAUUUCUCCUUCCCCCUCUCCCCACGGCGCGUCUCAUGCAAUCACGAGUCAUUCCGAUGGGCACUCGCACGCACCCCCAUCUUGAGACGUCCGGUGGUCAGUGAAGGGGUUUUAAACCACUCAUGUGCAGCAUUUACAUUCGUGCGUUACAGUACUAUUAAAGUAAUUAGCUCAGAUCUUUUUACAAUUCACAAAUAAAAAUCCUUUCUCCCACCAGCACAAGACUCUACACCGUGGUUGGCUCCUAACAUACGUGGUUAUUGGUUAUGAUCGUGAACCAUGAACGGCAUCUAUCGGGGAAAGUCACAAAGUCAUUAAUACGUACAUAUGGUCAUUCAAAACGUAAAUCCUGCACGCGCGACACGUUUGGAAAUGGUGUUAGUUACGUUAUUUCAAGAUAUGUAUUUAUACGGAAUGGCAUUACUCUUACACUUGAAACGGAAUCGGGUUUUUUUCUUCCUCCAGGGACAUGUGGGGCCCCCGUUGUAAACCAGACACGUUGUUAUGCGCAGCGUCAUUGAAACAUAGCGGCUGUUAUCGCGCCGGGCACGAAAUCAGAUCCUUUCUCUCGAUUAUUCAAACUGCGUCUGGUUGCUGUGGCCCUCGCUGUAACACUGUGACAGUCUUCACUGUCGUUUGGAAUCAUAACAGGAAUAAAUCAAUUUUGAUUUAAAGCUUUCGUGACUGCAGGGAUUCAUAUUCUUGGUUCUUUCGGUAAAGUCACAUAGAAA